AUGGUAAAAGAAGAAAUCCUCCCAGCGGGUGAAGAAAUUCUUACUAUUCUGGCAUGCAAUGAAAAUGGUAUAAGUAAUGAAGAUCUUCUGAAUGAAACUCCAAAAAUGGAUGUGAAAGAACGUGGUGAAGCAGUUAACCAUUUGCUGUCAUCUGGAAAGAUCGAAAUAUUGCCAAGUCAAAUAUCAGGCUCGUUUAUUUUGCGCUUACGCAAAGGUACACAAAUUGCUGAUGCUACAAACGAAGAACAACUGAUUUAUUCACUGAUAGAAGAAUCUGGCAAAAAAGGUAUUUGGAUACGCGACAUUCGUGACCGGACUGGUUUGUCACAAGCGCAAAUGCGCAAGGCCUUAAAGGCGUUAGAACAACGCAAACUUGUCAAAUCGAUUAAGGCAGUAGGUACAACAAAAAAGUGCUAUAUGGUGUAUGGCGUUGAAGCAGAUGAAUCAUUAACAGGUGGAACAUUUUAUUCUGAUCAACAACUUGAUUCUCAGUUUGUUGAAACUAUAGCGCAUAUUUGUGUUGCAAUGUUGCAGAGUAAGCGAAAAUCGUCGGAAGAAAAUCACCAAAACGAUCCAGUAGCUGCUCGAGAGUUUUCUUACGUUCGUUCUACCGACAUAACGCAGUUUAUUCGUAGUAAAGGCGUUUGUCGAGUACAAUUAACUAUACAAGACAUAGAAAAAAUUUUAUCACUAGCAUUAUUGGAUGGUUCGAUUGAACGGCGUGCAGACGGUAUGUAUCGUGCUUUAGUACCAAAUAUCACUCGAUGUUCUGUUGCCUUUUGUCCUUGCAUUCAUUGUCCUGUUGCGGCUGAUUGCAAGCCAGGUCAUAUAAUAUCUCCUCAGAAUUGUGAAUAUUUUACAUCUUGGUUACAGUGGUAG